UACACAGUUUACUAGUUUAGCAGUGUAUAUAAAGCUAUCUCCCAUUGAAUUUCAACCGCCUAUUACAUUCUACAAAUCUACACCGGUCGCCGUAGAAAAUUUUUCCGACGGCGGUGGAAGGAAGCUGUAAAUUUGUAUACUAAUGGCUACCAUCUUCUAUACACUUGUGCUCCUCAUUUUCUCAAAUUCAUUUCUUGGUACAUACAGCCUUGGAGUUGGGAUAAAUUAUGGACAGAUAGGCAACAAUCUCCCCUCUCCAUCGCGUGUAUCGAUUCUUCUUGGAUCUUUAAACAUUAGCAGAGUAAAGUUAUACGAUGCAGACCCGAAUGUACUAACAGCAUUUGCGAAUACAAAUGUUGAGUUCAUUAUAGGUUUGGGGAAUGAGUACCUUCAAAAAAUGCAAGAUCCCCAACAAGCCCAAAUCUGGAUUCAACAAAAGGUACAGCCUUAUAUUGCACAAACUAGAAUCACAUGUAUAACUGUAGGAAAUGAGGUUUUAGGAGGUGUAGAUCCUCAAUUACCGGCGUAUCUUGUUCCUGCCAUGAAAGCAAUGUAUCAAGCUUUAGUUAACUUAGGAUUAAGCUCACAAGUCUAUGUGACAACCGCUCAUUCACUUCAAAUCUUGAAAACGUCUUUCCCUCCUUCAUCUGGUGCGUUUCGUGAUGAUUUAAUUCAGUAUAUUCAACCCAUUCUUGCAUUUCACGCGCAGUCUAAUUCUCCUUUUUUGAUUAAUGCCUACCCUUAUUUUGCAUAUAAAAGUGACCCGAAAAAUGUUCAAAUUGAAUACUUGCUUUUUGAGCCAAAUUCGGGGAGUGUGGAUCCAGGUACAAAUUUAAAGUAUGAUAAUAUGUUGUAUGCUCAAAUUGAUGCGGUUUAUUCUGGUAUGAAAGCAUUGGGUCAUAGUGACGUUCAAGUUAGGAUAUCCGAGACUGGGUGGCCUUCAAAAGGUGAUGUGGAUGAGCCGGGGGCAACAGUUCAGAACGCAGGGAUUUACAAUAGAAAUUUGUUGCAAAGGAUGCAACAAGGUCAAGGAACGCCCGCUCACCCUUCACAACACAUUGACAUUUACGUCUUUGCCCUUUUUAAUGAGAAUAUGAAGCCCGGUCCAACGUCUGAGAGGAACUAUGGGCUGUAUUACCCUGAUGGCACUCCAGUUUAUAACCUUGGUGUUCAAGGAUAUCUUCCUCUUAUUGAUUAUUCUUCUUCCAAGAAAAAUGCAUUGUGUAUCUUCAGGCUUAUUGUAUUGCUUCUUGGAUCAUUGCUUUUUGCUUAAACAGAUGGAUCGCUUAACUAACUUUGCAACGGAAAGUUCAAAAAUUCCUGUAAAAGGACAGUCAUUAGAGGGAGAAGCGUUGUGUGGAUACACUGAACUACGCGCAAGUACACCAAGCAGAAUCACCGAAAACUUAACCACUGCGCCGCCAAUGAUCUUCGGACUCAUUAUCUUAUUCUUAGCCUUAGCGAAAACAUAUAUGUAUAGCGCUUACCAACAUGCAUUUUGCAUUAAUCUCUUUUAAAUAUAUAUAGGAAAAUUCAUCAAAAAUAUUCAUUAACAAUAAAAGCUAAGAAAAUUGUGAAA